AGAAUUUCUCUGACAGCAGCAGAGUCUGGUAGUUUCGAGCCCAACCUUCGAAAUUCCAGACAGCUCUUCUUGCUCAACAAAAGUGCCACUUCUCCUCCCCUUCUCUACGCAUAAAAUUGAACCCCAAGAUUUCGGUAACAUCAUUCUUUAGUAGACGCCCUUUACUCUCUUUUAUUGCUAAGACGUUCCCAUUUCUACUGUCCAUAAAGAGUUCCAAAAGAGAUGAAUCCUGAGAAAUUCACCCACAAGACCAAUGAAGCACUUGCUGCGGCUCAUGAACUGGCUAUGACUGCUGGCCAUGCUCAGUUCACUCCUCUUCAUUUUGCUGCAGCUUUAAUUUCUGAUCCUAAUGGCAUUUUCCGACAAGCGGUUGCCAAUGCUGGUGGGGGUGAUGAAUCUGCCAAUUCGUUUGAGAGGGUAAUCAGACAAGCAAUGAAAAAACUGCCCUCUCAGACGCCUCCCCCUGAUGAAAUACCCGCAAGUACGUCAUUGAUCAAGGUCAUUCGACGAGCACAGGCCUUGCAAAAGUCCCGAGGCGACACCCAUUUGGCAGUUGAUCAGUUAAUUUUGGGGCUUCUUGAAGAUUCUCAAAUCCAAGACCUGUUGAAAGAAGCUGGGGUCACUACAUCUAAGGUGAAGGCUGAAGUUGAGAAAUUGCGGGGCAAAGAAGGAAAGAAGGUGGAGAGCGCCUCAGGGGAUUCUACAUUUCAAGCUCUGAAAACUUACGGUCGUGACCUUGUGGAGCAGGCUGGAAAGCUUGACCCAGUGAUUGGUAGAGAUGAAGAGAUUCGGAGGGUUGUUAGGAUUCUUUCAAGGAGGACUAAAAAUAACCCGGUUCUCAUUGGAGAGCCUGGUGUUGGAAAAACUGCAGUUGUUGAGGGAUUAGCCCAAAGGAUUGUUAAUGGGGAUGUUCCAAGUAAUCUCGCCGAUGUGAGAGUUAUAGCCUUGGACAUGGGAGCAUUGGUUGCAGGAGCAAAAUAUAGAGGAGAAUUUGAAGAGAGAUUGAAGGCUGUCCUCAAGGAAGUUGAAGAAGCCGAAGGAAAAGUGAUAUUAUUUAUUGAUGAAAUUCAUCUGGUUCUUGGAGCUGGACGAACUGAGGGAUCUAUGGAUGCUGCUAAUCUCUUUAAGCCGAUGCUUGCAAGGGGUCAAUUGCGGUGUAUUGGCGCAACAACUCUUGAAGAGUAUAGGAAAUAUGUCGAGAAGGAUGCUGCGUUUGAGAGACGCUUCCAGCAGGUUUAUGUGGCCGAGCCCAAUGUUGCUGAUACAAUUAGUAUUCUGAGGGGUCUAAAAGAGAAGUACGAAGGGCAUCAUGGUGUUAAAAUUCAGGAUCGAGCCCUUGUAGUUGCGGCCCAACUAUCAGCUCGUUACAUCACAGGGAGGCAUCUGCCUGACAAGGCAAUUGAUCUAGUGGAUGAGGCUUGUGCAAACGUAAGGGUCCAGCUCGAUAGUCAACCUGAAGAAAUUGAUAAUCUUGAAAGGAAGAGGAUUCAGUUGGAGGUGGAGCUCCAUGCUCUUGAGAAGGAGAAAGAUAAAGCUAGUAAAGCUCGGCUAGUUGAUGUAAGGAAAGAACUUGAUGAUUUGAGAGAUAAGCUUCAACCACUAAUGAUGAAAUAUCGAAAAGAGAAGGAAAGAAUAGAUGAGCUGAGAAGACUCAAGCAAAGAAGAGAUGAGCUCUUGUAUGCCUUGCAAGAAGCCGAAAGGAGAUAUGAUCUUGCCAGAGCUGCAGAUUUGAGAUACGGAGCUAUUCAGGAAGUCGAAUCUACUAUUGCCAAACUUGAAGCAGGUGCUAGUGAGAAUUCAAUGCUGACGGAAACUGUUGGACCAGAUCAAAUUGCAGAAGUCGUAAGUCGUUGGACCGGUAUACCUGUCACGCGGCUUGGCCAGAAUGAAAAGGAAAAAUUGAUUGGUCUUGCUGAGAGGCUGCACCAACGAGUCGUAGGACAGGAUCAAGCAGUAACAGCUGUUGCUGAAGCUGUCUUGAGAUCAAGAGCUGGACUUGGAAGGGCCCAGCAGCCAACUGGUUCGUUCCUUUUCUUGGGCCCAACUGGUGUUGGCAAAACUGAGCUUGCCAAGGCUCUGGCAGAGCAACUCUUCGAUGAUGACAAUCUGAUGGUCAGAAUCGACAUGUCUGAAUACAUGGAGCAACAUUCCGUUGCUCGGCUGAUUGGAGCUCCUCCUGGAUAUGUCGGACAUGAGGAAGGUGGGCAACUGACAGAAGCUGUGAGGAGGAGGCCCUAUAGUGUUAUUCUUUUCGAUGAAGUUGAGAAAGCACAUCAAUCCGUGUUCAAUACUUUGCUGCAAGUUCUAGAUGACGGAAGGCUGACUGAUGGCCAAGGCCGCACAGUUGACUUCACAAAUACUGUCGUCAUUAUGACCUCAAAUCUUGGAGCUGAAUACCUCUUGAAAGGAUUGAUGGGCAAGUGCACGAUGGAAAGUGCUCGUGAGCUGGUUAUGCAAGAGGUGAGAAAGCACUUUAAGCCUGAGUUGCUGAAUAGACUUGAUGAAGUCGUGGUGUUUGAUCCGCUCUCUCAUGACCAACUGAGAAAAGUUUGCCGCCUCCAGCUAAAAGAUGUUGCGCGUCGUUUGGCUGAGAGGGGUAUUGCCUUGGGCGUCACUGAACCUGCAUUGGAUGUCAUACUGGCUGAGAGUUAUGAUCCGGUUUACGGUGCAAGACCGAUAAGGAGAUGGCUGGAGAAGAAUGUAGUAACCGAGUUAUCAAAAAUGCUUGUGAGAGAGGAAAUUGAUGAGAACUCAACGGUGUAUAUCGAUGCUUCACCUGAUGGAAAAGGACUGACGUAUCGGGUUGAGAACAACGGAGGGCUUGUGAAUGCUGCAACAGGAGAGAAGUCCGAUAUACUGAUUCAGAUACCGAUCGGGUCAAAGAGUGAUGCUGCUAAAGCAGUGAAGAGGAUGAAGAUUGAAGAAAUAGUCGACGAAGAUGAGAUGGAUGAGUAAAUCCUUUGAGAUUUGUUUUAUUUUCUUGGUUGGAUGUUGUGUUUUUGUACUUUUGGCACUUGCAAUUGAAGUUUCUGCUUCCAAGUAUGGAAUAAUCCUGUGUUUAAAUGUAACUACUACUAUGUUAUAUCUUUUGGUUCGUCUCCCUAACGUAAAUUAUACUGAUA